AUGCCAGCAAAACUUUCAAAUAAAUAUCACGAUGAAAUUGAACAAAACGGCUUCACUGUCGUCAGAAAUUUUCUUCUGCCUCAGGAAAUUGAAAAAUACACUAAAGCAUCUGAAGCUUUAGUUCAGUAUGCUCGUGAUGGAAAUUGGCCCCAUGUUAGAACUAGAGGCAAACAAUUCCCACCUUGGCCCAAGAAUUUUAGUCCCGACAUUUGGGGUGUGUCAGGGUUAUUACACCCUGAUUUGGGUGAGUUAUCAAAACCAUUCCAUGAUUUAUAUUCCGAUGAAAAAUUGUUAGAUGUUGUCUGUGAUAUAUUGUUAAUCGAGAAAACGGAUUUAUCCAUGGAGUUAUUAAAUAUGUUAAUCAAUCCAUUAACUGAUUUUGAAUUAGAUUGGCAUAGGGAUACCAUUAAACCGGAAGUAACUGUGGAAGAAGAAGCUCAAGACCUUUUAAAAUUUCCAUAUGCCGGGGCACAAUUCAAUUUGGCAUUGACUGAAGAUGAUUGUUUAAUUGCUAUUCCUGGUUCCCAUAAUCGAGUUAGAACUACGGAGGAAAGAGAAAAGACAAUUGACCCAAAUAGACGCAAAGAAUUUAUAACUGGAGAAAUCAGAGUAGAAUUACAUCCUGGUGAUCUUGUAUUCUACAACAACAAUAUUUUGCACCGUGCUGCUUAUUCGUCAAAGAACAAAAGAUUAACAUUGCAUGGAUCUUAUGGUAACGUUAAUCAAGGUAGAUCAAGAGCUAAAGGAAUUUUACAGCAUGGAGUCGCCGAAUGGUUGCCAAGAUUACAAACUGAUAAUGCCAACUUGAAAAUGUUACAAGAAAAGCUUUUAAAAUUGGCUAAAGAGUUUGAAGGAGUUGAGUUGGGUUAUGCUUUGGAUGGUUAA